AUGGAAACUCAGCAGGUCACACCUGGAUCCAUUGCCAACCCGGUAAAAUUUUGGGGCCAGGACUAUGUAGCUCUCCUAGAUGCAUGCGUUAAAUCCGGUUCGCUGUUCUCUGACACAACCUUCGCCCCGGACCAGAGCUCCAUCGGUAUGCCUACCGACCCAGACCCCAAAAAGGAGAUCAAGUGGCUGCGACCCAAGGAGAUCAGUGCCAAUGCUGUGUUUGUGGAGGACACGACGUGCACCACCGAUAUCUGCCAGGGCCAGCUGGGUAACUGUUGGCUUCUGGCUGCCCUGUCCUGCCUUACCAUGCACCCCAAUCUCUUUGUCAAAGUGGUACCACCUAAUCAGAGCCUGACAGAAUCCUAUGCUGGCAUCUUCCACUUCAUGUUCUGGCAGUAUGGUGAGUGGGUGGAGGUGGUAGUAGAUGACAGGCUACCUGUACGCGAGGGCCGUCUGCUCUUCAGCUACUCCUGUACCCGCAACGAGUACUGGAGCGCCCUGGUGGAGAAAGCCUAUGCCAAGCUGAUCGGGUCGUAUGGCAGUCUGAAGGGGGGUAAUAUCUCUGAGGCGAUGGAGGACUUCACAGGCGGCAUAGCCUACUCCCUCCCUGUCUCCUCACGCACCCCAAGGGUCAUGUGGAGAGCCCUCUCUGCUGCCCUGUCCCGUGGCAGCCUGCUCAGCUGCUUCAUACAGGCUAGUAACUAUCGUGAGAUAGGCACAGUGACUGCAGAGGGACUGGUGAAGGGCCAUGCCUACGCCAUCACAGACACUGACACGGUGAAGAAGCCGGAUGGUGAGGCCUUGUUGCUACGGCUGAGGAAUCCCUGGGGCUUUGUGGAGUACUCUGGACCCUGGAGUGACAAGAGUAAAGACUGGGAUGAUGUGGAUGCUGCUGAAAAGAAAAGGAUUGAGCUGAAAAAGAGUGAGGAUGGAGAGUUCUGGAUAAAUGUGGAGGACUUCAACAGGCUGUUUGACACAGUGGAGCUGUGUAGCAUGAACCCUGAACCCAUUGUGGACGAGGACACACCCGACUUACCUGCCGCCCCCACCUCUGCAUGGACCCUCAGCUCCCACAAAGGCUCCUGGGUAUCGGGCUCCACUGCAGGGGGCAGUCGUAGUUACCGUCGAUCCUUCUGGAAGAAUCCCCAGUUCCAGCUUGUCCUUGCCGAGCAGGACAAGGAAGAAGAAGAUGAUGAAGACGAGGAUGAAGAGAUGACCCCGGAGGAGAAGAUGGUGGCAGAGAAGCAGAAGAAGAAAGCAAAGCAGUGCACCGUGCUGGUGGAACUACUGCAGAAAGACCGGAGAAAGAGGAAUAAAAUUAACUUUCUCCACAUUGCCUUCCACAUCUACAGGGUUCCUCCAGAGCUCCGGGGCYUGUGUUUGGACCAGAGUUUCUUCUCUAACCAGCAUCCUGUGGGGCGCUCUGGGAAGUACCAGCCCCUCAGGGCUGUGUGGAGGAAGGUGAGGCUGGACCCGGGAAACUACGUGAUCCUGGCCUCCACCUACAUGCCCAACGUGCCUGCAGAAUUCUUCCUCCGCGUCUACUCCAAGACUGGCAACAAUCUGGGGACCCAAGACUUCACCUGCUCCACUGGCUUCCUCAUGGUAAUGUCAAUGCCACCAGUCUUGCCAGAGGAUCGCAAGAGAGUACAGAAGACMUUUGAUGAGGUGGCGGGGCCGGAUGACAAGCUGAAUGCUAAGGAGUUCAUGAAGCUGGUUAACUCAGUUCUGGAGAAAGACUACCAGCUGCCACUGGAGACAUGCAGACAGCUCAUCUUUGGAGAGGAUACUGGGGGGCGUAGCAGUCUGACCCGAGAGCAGACAGAGCCUCUGCUGGCCUCUCUUCGCAGUCUGCAGUCCAUCUUCUUCAAGUUUGAUCAGGACUCUUCAGGGACUAUGAGCCCCUUUGAGCUUAGUCUGACCCUCCAGGCUGCUGGUGUGCAGUGUGAUGGCCAGGUCAUACAGCUGCUGUGGGAGAGGUUUGGCUCUGGGGAGCUGCACCUGCCUUUCCAUGGCUUUGUGGCCUGUGUCACCAGGCUGCGCAAGCUAUUCGCCUUGUUUAAAUCAGAGAGCAACCCAGAGAUCAAAGGCGUAGAAAUCAAUGCCUGGCUGCUCCGACUCCUGACCCUGUGAGCGUGCUCUGUAAAGGGGGGUUCUGCGUGGGCACUGCAGGGGCAUUCUGUCUGACCAGGACCACAUGAUAACAUCAUGCCUCCACCGGCGCCCUCGUCCACACACACACAAACAUCCCCUGGCCUUUGUCAGCAUACGAUACCCCGCUGCUAUAGGAACUGUCACAUUAGCAGUGACAGAAUAACAGCUUCAAAGCAGUAUGCAAUGACUAUGUCACACAGCACAUUAUAUUCUACUAUUGUCACGCCCUGACCAUAGAGAGCCUUUUUAUUCUCUAUUUUGUUUAGGUCGGGGGUUACUAGGGUGGGUA